GCUUCAUCAAAGACAAACUGAACACAUGAAAACUUAUUCUGCUCUUCCACAGUCCUCUCCAUCAGCUUCUGACAGGAACUCACAUCCAGAAACUCUUUUACAACCGGCUGCUCAUGACCAGGCUUUGCACUCUGAACAUGAGGCUGAUAAGAGUAGAGAUUGGGACGAGACCAAGGACCAUCAGCCAGGUUUAAGCCCUCUGCAAAACGGGGAAGUUGCUGUCAGCGAUUCCAGAUGCAGUGCUGCUAAGAAAAUAUUUAGCUGCUAUGAGUGUGGGAAAAGAUUUAGGAAAAAGAGACAUCUGGAGGAUCACAUUAGAAUCCACACAGGAGAGAAACCAUUCAGUUGUUCAGUCUGUAAGAGUUCUUUUAAACAGAGUGGAGGUUUACAUGCACACAUGAGAAUCCACACAGGAGAAAAAACAUUCAGUUGCUCAGUCUGUAAGAAAUGUUUUACACGGAGGGACAGUUUGAAGACACACAUGAGAAUCCACACAGGAGAAAAACCGUACAAUUGUUCACUUUGUGAUAAAGGAUUCAUAAGCAGGUCAACUCUAAAGAAACACACGAUAACACAUGCAGCAGAAACACCAUUCAGGUGCUCAGUCUGUAAGAAAUGUUUUGCAUGGAGUGGACUUUUAGAGAGACACAUGAGGAUCCACACAGAAGAUCCCCCUUUCAGCUGCUCAGACUGCGGUAAAGGAUUUUUCUUCAUGUCAAAUUUGAAGAAUCACAUGAGGACUCAUACAGGAGAAAAACCUUUUAGUUGUUCAAUCUGUAAGAAAUGUUUUACACAGAAUGGAAGUCUGACGACACACAUGAGAACCCACACGGGAGAGAAGCCGUACCAUUGUUCACUUUGUGAUAAAAGAUUCAUGAAGAAGUCAAAUCUGACGGAACACAUGCGGAGUCAUACAGGAGAAAAACAUUUCAGAUGUUCAGUCUGUGAAAAGUUUUAUUCAAAUAAAAGAUAUUUACGCAAGCACAUGAGAAUUCACACAGGAGAGAAACCUUACAGCUGCUCAGAGUGCGCUAGAGGAUUCUCGUACAGGGAAGCCCUAAUUCGUCACAUGAGAAUCCACACAGAGGAAACCCCUGCAGCUGAAGGAGAGGACUGUGGAGGACCAGAACCAGCCAGGAACUCAGAUCCAGAUGGACUUAAACAACCAGAUACUGAGGACGAGACUGGAGACUCCACGUCCAUGGAAAACCCUGAGUAGUAGGGGUGGGCGAUAUAUACUGACUACGAUAAUAUCGUGAUUGUUGUGUUACCAAUGUGCAAAUUGACAUUGAGUAUUUAAAUUACUUUGAAAAAAACACUUCAAAACAUGAAUUAAAACUCUAGACAAUCACUAAUGUGUAGAGUGGUAGAAGGGGCGACAAAGAUGGCGGCGUGCGAUUGUGCGGCGGCUCCUAGCUCUCCUGUCGGUGUAUAUUUAUGGUUUUUGUUUGUGUUUUUCGUAACGUUCCCAUGUCGAAGUCGUACUAACAAGUACAGCCAC